AUGUCAAAAAAGAAUGAUGUGUUUGCUGAUUUAUUGAGCUCAGCCUCAGGAAAAACCAGGAGUUCCAACAAGUUAGCAUCAUUGUCCGAGAUUCAAUCCAGGCAGUCAACACCUCAACCCUCACUUGGAAACAAUUGGUCAGGAUUAGAUUUGCUAGACUCUACGGUAUCCAGUCAAGUGUCAACUCCUCUGGUACCGGAGCCGGUCAAUAGUUCACCCAAUGUGAGCGGCUCCAGUGUUUUUCAACCAAAUCCCGUACCUUCAACUACACUUUCGAACAAUGUCACCAAAAAUCCCAGUCGACAAUCCAUAGAUGAUGUGUUUGAUAUCUUCAAUAGUGCACCUAUUCAACCUGUGAACAUGACACCUCAGCCUUCAGAGCAGUCUAAAAAAGAAUUGAAGAAUGGCAGCGUCUCCAAUCUUGAUCAACCGACACAUACUAACUCUUCAAAUCGGUCUCAGUCCAGUUCUGCCCCUUCAAUAGUUAGAGAUCAAUCACUUGCAGAAUUAGUUUAUAUGGGAUUCUCUGUAGAUGAAGCUAAUAAUGCAUUGGAUCACACAAAAAAUGGUGAUUUGAAUGAGGCCAUAGAUUACAUAAUGUCAAAGGCUGACGCCAACACCCACCGUCUCCAUCAACAGCCUGAAGAUUUCUCUACUGCCGUUAAUGAGCUAUCAACUCAAUUCAUGUCGAAAGCCUCAUUGUUGUUUGAAAAGGGAAGAAAUGUGGUUGCAAAGUCCGUAGAAAAUUACAAAGAGAAGCAAUUUGCAAAGAACACAGGCCAGCCAGCAUGGAUGAAGAAUCAUCACAAGUACUCGGCACGGUCCAUAGACAUUGAGGAUGAAAACCCUACGCCUCCUCGAGUACCGAGCAAUGUAACAGCUCCGCCAAAAAGGGCCGUAGAAACGAAAACACCAGCAUCCAGAUUCAAGUUUGAUGAUGAACUUCCUUCUAGAAACAGGCAGAGACAACGAAACCUUCAUGCGACAAAUAAGGAACGCCCAGCAUCUUCUAAAUCAUCCACUAAUAGCUCCGACCAAUCUCCUCGUAAUGAGAUACUGUUAGAUAUAUUUAGUACGUCGGUAAGUUCAACCGGCCCAACACAAGACUCCUCCUCCAUAAUUGAUGCUAAUAUUGGAUCUAUCCAGCUUGACUCCUUUAAUGAGAGCAAAUCUUCAGGAAAUGCGCUUUUCAAAAAUGGAGACUUCCCUAACGCCCUGAUAAAGUAUCAAGAAUCACUUAAGCAAUUACCAAGCAAUCAUCCUCUCUCAAUUGUUGCAUAUUCAAAUCUUGCUAUUUGCCAUUUCAAACUGGGUGAUUAUAAGGAGACACUUUCCAAUUGUAAAUCGGGGUUGACAAUAAUAGAAAGCCUUGAUAACUUUUCUAUUAGUAAUCUCAAUCAGCUGAAAUUGAAAGACUAUGACAAACCCAUCAAAGCAUUCUGGAUCAAACUGGUCACGAAGAAAGCCGAAGCGUUGGAACAUCUGGAGAAAUUCAACGAAGCAUUGAACAACUAUAACUUACUUGUAACUAAUGGAGAAACAUCCAAAGAUAUCCUGGAUGGUAAACGAAGGUGUUUGAACAUUUUGAAUCCGAAACCAGCAUCAAGACGAACUUCGAGACCUGCUCCAAGUCCGUCCCCUUCUCCUUCGACUUAUAAAGCAAACUACAAAUCAUCUCAUGCCAUCAAUAGACUAAAGCAACAAAGCUUAGAGAGUGAGAAAGAGGAAAAGGAAAAAUUUGUCCUUCGUGACGCUGUAGAAGCCAAAGUUAAUGCAUGGAAGAAUGGUAAAGAAGAUAAUUUACGUGCUCUUCUGUCUUCCUUGCACACCAUACUAUGGUCAGAGUCGAACUGGAAGGAAGUGUCCAUGUCAGAUCUGGUGCUUACCAAAAAGGUGAAACUUACAUAUAUGAAAGCAUGUGCUAGAACUCAUCCAGAUAAAAUUCCAAGUAAUGUGACCACAGAGCAGAAACUAAUUGCGCAGAACGUUUUUGUCGUCUUGAAUCAAGCAUGGGAUAAGUUUAAGGAGAGUAAUAACAUUCAGUAA